CAUUCAUUAUUGUUAUUUUUUUCAUGUGUAUUACCGUUUUUUGUGCAUUUUAUAGGGUUUUGUGAAAUGUUACGCAAUAGCCUGCAGUUUCUGCGUGGUUUCAGCCUAGCCAACGCGCGGUCCACCCAACCUCUCCUUGCAAGCCUUCGGUCCCUCUUCAUUCAAACACAGGACACACCGAAUCCGAAUAGUAAACAAUUUUUCCCCGGUACCGAUGUACUUGGCUCUAGCACACGUGAUUUCCCAACAAAAUCGAGCACUACCGCCUCACCUUUGGCCAGAAAGCUAUUCCAUAUUACUGGUGUUGAUGGUGUUAUGUUGGGACCUAACUUCGUGACUAUCACUAAGACAAAGGACGCUGACUGGAGUGUGAUGAAUCCUGACAUUUUCGCCUGCCUAAUGGACUUUUUCACUUCUGGUUCUCCGGUUGUCGUGGAGGAGAAAACCAAUCCAGAAGAAGAGGAAGAAACCGAUGCUACCGUUCUGAUGAUUAAGGAGCUCUUGGACUCGCGCAUCCGCCCAACUGUUCAAGAGGACGGUGGUGAUAUCACCUUUGUCGUACGUUUGCCCCCUGUUUGUUUAACUCUUCCUUUGCGAUUGUGUCUAUUGCAUUCCGCUGCAUUAGUGACACCCAGUAGUAAACCAAGACAUUUUGGUUCGAUUAGGUAG